AAGCGCGUAAACUCGGUCAGUUCGGCAGUGUGUUUCCAACCUAACACGGUCUUACAAACACACAACCUCAUCGUUUAAACCUCACCAGCUUACCAGAGUACCGAAAACUGACAGUGAGCAUCAGCAGCCACUAUGGCAGAAGCACACCAGGCGGUGGCCUUCCAGUUUACCGUCACGCCUGAUGGCAUCGACCUCCAGCUGUGCCACGAGGCCCUGCGACAGAUCUACCUCUCCGGCCUGCACUCGUGGAAGAAGAGGUUCAUCAGGUUCAAGAAUGGGAUCAUGACUGGAGUGUACCCUGGGAGCCCAUCUGGACUGGCGGUGGUGCUGGUGGGAUACAUGUCCACUACUAAAUACGCUCAGAUGGAUCCCACACUCGGCCUCUUCGCCAAGCUGGGACAACACUUACCCAUCAGUAAGUACAUGGCGGACGACAGUCAGCGCGUGGUGGGGGGUGUGCUGGUUGGUACAGGGCUGUGGGUGACCAUUAUCUUCGUCAUGAGGAGUGUCCUGAAGUACCUUCUCUCCUGGCACGGCUGGAUGUACAACCAACAUGGCAGAAUGUCCUUAAAAAGCAACAUCUGGAUGGUCCUGGUCAGGCUGUUCUCUGGGAGGAAACCCAUGCUGUACAGCUUCCAGAAUGCCCUGCCCCGGCUACCCGUCCCCUCAGUGAAGGGCACAAUGAGACGGUACCUAGAUUCAGUGCGGCCACUCAUGGACGACGAGAAGUACAAAAGGAUGGAGGGUCUGGCCAAGGACUUUGAGAAGAACCUCGGCCCCAGGCUUCAGUGGUACCUCAAACUCAAGUCCUGGUGGGCCUCCAAUUACGUCAGUGACUGGUGGGAGGAGUACAUUUAUCUCCGAGGCAGAGGCCCCAUCAUGGUCAACAGCAACUACUAUGCCAUGGACUUCCUGUACGUGUUCCCCACCCACUUGCAGGCUGCGCGUGCUGGUAACGCCAUCCACGCCAUCAUGCUCUACAGGAGAAAACUGGACCGGGCCCAGAUCAAGCCGAUAUACUUGCUGGCGAACCGAGUGCCGCUUUGCUCGGCCCAGUGGGAGCGGAUGUUUAACACGUCCCGCGUCCCCGGCCAGGAGUCAGACACCCUCCAGCACAUGUCGGACAGCAAGCACAUCGCCGUCUUCCACCGCGGCCGCUACUUCAAAGUCUACCUGUUCUACGACGGGCGCCUGCUCCUGCCCCGCGAGAUCGAGCAGCAGAUGGAACGCAUCCUCGCCGACAAGUCCGAGCCGCAGUUUGGCGAGCAGGGACUGGCCGCGCUCACCGCCGGAGAGAGAGUGCCUUGGGCCAACGCACGCACGGAGCACUUCAGCCGAGGGAAGAACAAGCAGUCGCUGGACGCCAUUGAGAAGGCCGCCUUCUGUGUGACUCUGGAUGACACAGAGCAGCGCUAUGAUACCGAAAACCCCAUCGAGUCCCUGGACAGCUACGCCAAGUCCCUGCUUCAUGGAAAGUGCUAUGACAGGUGGUUUGAUAAGUCCUUCAACCUCAUCGUGUUCAAGAACGGUACCAUGGGUCUGAAUGCAGAGCACGCGUGGGCCGACGCCCCCAUAGUGGGCCACCUCUGGGAGCAUGUCUUGUCCAUGGACCCUAUCAAGCUGGGCUAUGCUGAAGAUGGCCACUGCAAGGGCAAAUUGCACCCCAAUCUGCCUGGGCCUCAAAGGCUGCAGUGGGACAUCCCAGAAGAGUGCCAGAACGUCAUCAACAGCUCGCUGAACGUGGCCAAGGCCCUGGCUGACGACGUGGACUGCCACAUCAUCCCCUUCAGUGACUUUGGCAAGGGCCUCAUCAAGAAGUGCCGCACCAGCCCCGACGCCUUCAUUCAGAUCGCUCUCCAGCUCGCACACUUCAGGGACAAGGGGAAGUUCUGCCUGACGUACGAGGCCUCCAUGACACGCCUGUUCCGUGAGGGCCGCACGGAGACCGUGCGCUCCUGCACCAUGGAGACCUGUGCCUUCGUACACGCUAUGAUGAGAGAUGAGACGAGAGAGGAGAGGAUGAAGCUCCUGGGCGAGGCUGCAGAGAAACAUCAGGACAUGUACCGCCAGGCCAUGACUGGCAAGGGCAUCGACCGCCACCUCUUCUGCCUCUACCUGGUGUCCAAGUACCUGGGAGAGGAGUCGCCUUUCCUCAAGGAGGUGCUGUCUGAGCCCUGGCGGCUGUCCACCAGUCAGACUCCCCUCCAGCAGGUGGAGCUGUUUGACCUGAAGAAUCACCCGGAGCGUGUGAGCAGCGGAGGAGGCUUUGGCCCGGUGGCUAAUGAUGGCUAUGGCGUGUCCUAUAUCAUUGUUGGGGAGGAUCUGAUCAACUUCCACAUAUCCAGCAAAAGAUCAAGCCCUGAGACAGACUCUCAUCGCUUUGGAGUGAACAUCAAACAGGCUAUGCGUGACAUUCUGGCCCUCUUUCAGCUCGAUAAGAAAAAAGUCAAGUGAUUUCUCUCUUAAACUAAGGAGGACGCCUCACAGAGAGAUAAUGGAUGUUCUCCUGACCUGUACAGAAACACUGUUGGAUUUUAAUUUAUACAAUUCAAAUAAUUAUGUCAAGGAGAGGUAACUAGGGAAAAAAAGUGAAGUUUUUCUUCAUGAUGAAUGUUUGAUAUUUGCCAUUAGGUCUGUUUGUUUUUAUUCAAACUGGGGUCAGUGGACAGGGAUGGGACUGAAGGGCCAGUGGGAGGGAGGGGCGGCCAUUUUGGAGCUAGCUCAUACUUGAGCCGUGCUAGUGUGUUUUAAAGAGCUAUGCUGGAGUCACCCCCCCUCCCCCCCCCACGCCUUGUCGUAGGACUGACUAGUUAGUCAGCCGUUGCCUCCCUCUUAGCUGCUAUGCUCUUUAGCGAGACACGUAGUUACUGUACCUGUACUGAUUGUUAUUUUUGUAUUAUUAUUAUUAUUCUCUUUUCCUCUCAGACGUCUAACCUCUAACUGUGAUUCAGCACUUUUUAGUGCCUCACUAAGCACAGAAUUGGCCAGCUGCGAAGGAGGAAGGGGGUUGUGGGGGGAGGGGGGUCAUGAAGCACCUGUUUCCAUGCCUGAUGUAGCACCUGUUAACUGAGAGCAUUAUUGCACUGGCAAUGAAAAGAGUGUAUGUGUGAGUACAUGCACGACAGUAUGCCUGUGUGUGUGUGUGUGUGUGUGUGUGUGUGUGUGUGUGUGUGUGUGUGUGUGGGUGUGUGUGUGUGGGUGGGUGGGUGGAGGUGGAAGGAGUGUCGUAACACAGUAGGUGUGUGGACUAUGGCAGUACUUCUGACUAGCAGUACCUUCAGCUUAGUCUCUUCAUCUCGGCUGACCUUUGCACUUUUGAUUGGCUUCCCUGACCCUCCAUGAAUGGCCAGUUAACUCCACAUGGCAUUGAAGCUCCGUGUUCGUCUCUCUGCGUGUGUCUGUGUAGUGCUCAUGCGCCCUAUAUCUGAAUGUUUAAAGGGAGAAUGUUCUUUAGCAGAACCAGAGAUGGCAGACCACUGUAUUAGCUAGUAUUUCUGUGGUAGAAAUCACUCCACAAUAUUGUAGAUGUUUAGGGAAGGAAGGUGGGUGCGGGUGGGUGGAAGGCGUUGACAUUGACUUCCUCUGUCUGAGUCUGAGAAUGCACUGUGGGCGAGGUCUGUCAUCAUAGUGGAGGAAAAAAAACAAAAUGUGGCUCUUUCAUAUUCAAGAACAAAUAAUAGGAAUUGAAUAAUUUUUAUCUGUAUAUGAUGUUCCACAGCGGAUAACAGCGUGCUAUUUAUUCAUCUGUUGUAAUCUUUAGUCCUUUUCACAUGAACAUGGGAUGUAGGGGUUUCUGUUUAAUUUGUUUGUUUGUUUGUUUGUUUGUUUGAUAUUUUGGGGGGAACUGAAGGUUGACAGAGCUAUAACUUAUGUUUUUCAUGGUAGAUGAAUUAAUAUUGACAAAACAGUCAAAUGUACAGAUAUGAAUUGGUUAACAAACCAUCAACAUGUUACCUUUUCAAGGUAUUCCAGACGUGAAAUUGUUGUAUUUUUCACCGUAGUUUUCUAAUGUGAAAUUUUGCAUGGUUUUUAUGAAGAAUGACAUCAGUAUGCUCACUGGAUUAAUGUGUGCAAUGGGAUGAGCAGCUGAGAAACCAAAAGAGAUUUUAACACAAUAAAAUUUGGACAUCUAAGAGGA